CAGAUUGCUCAUCACAGCCCUUUCCAAAUUCUAAAGCAUUCGGUCCGACUAGAGAUGCAGAAGAGCGAGUCGGCAUCCUCGCUGGGCCCUGGAGGGCUGGACCUUAGCCGGGCCCUCUUCAAGCCCAUCCAGAACUCCGAGCCACCCACACCGUCCAAGCGCGGCACCAAGGUCUCCGUCGUCGGCGUCGGCAAUGUCGGCAUGGCCAUCGCUCAGACCAUCCUCACACAGGAUCUCGCUGACGAUAUCGCCCUCGUCGACGCCAACCCCGAUAAGCUCCGCGGCGAGAUGCUAGAUCUCCAGCACGCCGCAGCCUUCCUCCCCCGCACCAAGAUCUCGGCCUCCGUGGACUACAACAUCACCGCCGGAUCCGACCUGUGCAUCGUAACCGCCGGCGCUCGACAGAAUCCAAUCCCGCCCCUCGCCCACCACUCCCCCGACUCGAUCUUACUCAUCGUCUCCAAUCCCGUAGACGUCCUGACCUUCGUCGCCUGGAAGCUCUCGGGUUUUCCGGUCAAUCGGGUGAUUGGGUCCGGCACCAAUCUGGAUUCCUCCCGCUUCCGAUUCCUGAUAGCCGAUCAUCUGGACGUCAAUGCUCAGGACGUGCAGGCUUACAUCGUGGGGGAGCAUGGAGACAGCUCGGUGGCGUUAUGGUCAAGCAUAAGCGUGGGAGGCAUCCCUGUCCAUAGCUUCCUGGAGAAAGAGACCCUCGAGACCAUUCACAAACAAGUGGUUGAAAGCGCCUAUGAAGUCAUCAACCUCAAAGGCUACACUUCAUGGGCCAUCGGCUACUCUGUGGCCAAUCUGGCUCGUUCUUUGCUCCGUGACCAGCGGAAGAUCCAUCCCGUCUCCCUUCUGGCUCGAUGUUUUUAUGGUAUUGAAGGCGGGGACGUGUUCUUGAGCCUUCCUGCUCUGCUCGGCCGCUCCGGUGUUAUAUCCGUCUCUAAUCUGGACAUGACCCAUGAAGAGACCGUUCGCCUUAAUAAUUCGGCCCACUCUUUAUUGGAUGCGCAGAGGCAGUUGGGCCUUUGACUUCUAAUGAUUCAUGUUCUCAUCUCCACUGUAUCAUCAACUAUAUCCAUUGUUGAAUUGAAUUCACGUGAUCGAUUGUUGAA